CCAGCCGGUAUACCGCUCGCCUCCUUUUCGCCCUCUCGACUCGCCUCGAGACAUCGCUUGCCCCGCGGUCUCUCGCAGCUGCAGCGUGCACGGCCAGCCGUCGACGCGCACCCACCGAGCCGAGCGAGGGAGACAGAGAGAGAUAGAGAGAGAGAGAGGAGACCCGGACAAAGGGGGAGAGAGAGAGAGACUCGCCGGCCCGCGACCUCGCCCGCUUUUACGCGCGCGCCACGGCUUCGCGAGCUUUCCAGGCUUCCCAGGGUUUCCGCGGCGAGCGCCGCCCGCGCCUCCGCCUUCGUUUCCGUCGACGCUCGCCCCAGGAAGAGGAGCGGCUACGCCGGGGAGCGCGCCGAGGGAAGACCGCUCUCUGCUAUGCGCCGCCACGGCCGCGGUGACAGUUCCGCGUAACGGAGGGAGAGGGAGCCAGAGGGACGGCGCGCGCGAGCAGGAGCGGCAGAUAGGCGCGAGUCGGGUCAGUGCGCGACACGAGGAGCCCGCCGAACGAGGAACGCCGGCCUGCUGGAGAAAACUGGCGACACGCAGAGAGGAGUCGUCGCCGGGCACGAACCUGAGACGGAUAGCCGCCCCGAAGAAGAACCCUGGAGAGGACCGGCCACGACCAGCGAACCCUCGCCGAGACCAGGAGCUUCGGAGUUGAUCCGCAAGAGGCAGCAGGAGCAGCGUGCCGAAUAAAUGACGUAGACCCGAGAAACGGAAGUGACGUAACGCCAGCUCGCAGCCCCCUCCUCCCCCCGGUCCGACCAUAACCCCACCUGUGCCCAUCUCGCUUCGUCGUCCAACUCGCAUUCUCCUCCCCUCUACUCGAUUUCCGGUCCUUCGCUUGAGCCAAUCGCUUCGCCGCCAUCUUGACCGCCGCCACUGCCACCUGCCGGCCUACUCAGCACUACCGCCGAGGCAGCGCUUCGUCCACGGCCUAUCUCGCUUCGACUUCCGGCCUAGCCGAGACUCGGAAGUUCCGCCCCGGACCCCCUGAGAGGUUAAGGCCUAACCAGGAACGCCCCGAAGGGAGAACCACGCCGCAAGAGGCGCCACCGGCAAGAUCCGCAGCACGAGGUUGACCCUACGGAGGUCGGCCGCCGACUGAGAGCGCGAUCAGCCGAUUCGUCGCGAGUGCCACCACGCGGCCGCGUCGGGAACCAGCCAGCCACCAAGAUCCUUGGGGACCACUGACCAGAUUGGAUACCGCUCGGCGAGCGAUCCGACAGAAAGUCAGUCUCUGAGAGAGAAGUAAGAGAAAGAGAGAGAGAGAAAGGGAGAACCGACCCAGGGCACCGAGUCGAACAUGGCAAUGGUCAACAUGAACAACCUGCUCAACGGAAAGGACUCCCGGUGGCUCCAGCUGGAGGUCUGCAGAGAGUUUCAACGCAACAAGUGCACCAGGCCGGACACGGAGUGCAAAUUCGCCCACCCUCCAGCCAACGUCGAAGUGCAGAACGGACGGGUUACCGCGUGCUACGACAGUAUCAAGGGACGAUGUAACCGCGAAAAGCCGCCCUGCAAGUACUUCCAUCCACCGCAACAUCUGAAGGACCAGCUCCUGAUAAAUGGGCGCAAUCAUUUGGCCCUGAAGAACGCCCUGAUGCAGCAAAUGGGACUCACCCCUGGACAACCCCUCGUCCCGGGCCAGGUGCCCACAGUGGAGGCCCCGCCACCUCCGCCACCACAGCAUCACCUUCAACAGCAAAUCCAGCAGCAACUUCUUGCUACCCACGCCUUUAUGGCGACCAAUCCGUACCUGACCGGGAUGCCGCAGGUGGGCAACACGUACAGCCCGUACUUCGCGCCCAGCCCGAUAAUGCCGGCCAUAAUGGGCCCGGCAGACCCGACGGGAGUGGGCAGUCCUCUCGGGGUGGUGCCGCAGACGGUGGCGAUGCCGCAAAAGAUGCCACGAACCGAUCGUCUCGAGGUAUGUCGCGAGUUCCAACGCGGGGCGUGCAAACGCGGCGAGACGGAGUGCCGGUUCGCGCACGCCCUCGAGCCGGUGCAGGCGAACGAGGACGGCUCUGUGACGGUCUGCAUGGACGCUGUCAAGGGCCGAUGCAAUCGGGACCCCUGCCGCUAUUUCCACCCCCCUCUGCACCUACAAGCCCACAUUAAGGCCGCACAAUCUCGGGCUAGCAUUGCGAUGGACAUGAAGUCUAUCGGGUCGUUCUACUACGAGAACUUUGCAUUCCCGGGAAUGGUACCGUACAAACGGCCUGCCGGCGACAAGUCGGGCAUGCCGGUCUACCAGCCCACCGGUGCGACGACCUAUCAGCAGUUAAUGCAGCUGCAACAGCCCUUCGUGCCUGUGUCAUGUGAGUACCCUGGAACACCCCCGCUUCCCCAGACCUCUAACCAAUCGGUCGUGCCCCCGCAAAACUCGAUUCAGUCUCAAGGAGCCGCUGCAGCAGCAGCAGCCGCAGCAGCAGUAGCCGCAGCAGCCGCCGAGGCGAACGGCCACGGGGUCCUCCUGGACCCCAACAAUCCGCCUCCACCACCUCCGACAGGUGGUGAGAAGCAAGCCUCGAACCAUGAAACCGAGAACGCCCACGCCUCCCCUGAAUUGAACCACACCUCCUCCCCCCAACAAGUCAGUCAGCUGACUCUUCAGGCGCCGCCAUCCAUGAGUCCCAUGACUUCCAUGGCAAAUCUGACCUCGGUUGGCUCCUCGAUGAGUCCGGUGGUCAUGACCUCCAUGGCCAACUACACCAUGGCCAACAUGGCCAACCUGAACGUCCUCAGCGCCCUCGGUAUGGCCCCCAACCUCUCGGUAGACCCCGCCGCCCUGGCCAAAGAGGUUGCCCAGAAGAACUACGCCAAAGCCAUCAAGCUGUCCCAGGCCUCCCAGGCUUCCUAUAGCCUCAACCAUCUCUCUGCGUUGAACUACACCGGGGUGGCCCUGAACAAGCAAGCUUUGGGGGUAAACCAUCAGCACGCUGCCGCGGCGUCCUUGCCAGGCUUCGCCACUCCCAGGCCCGUCCUUACCGGCCUUACUGGACUUCAUGGGUCCCUUGCGUCUCCACUUCCAUCUGGCAUCUUGGCCUACCCCAGGCCUCCUAGUGCCGCCACGCCUAUCAACCCCUAUUCUCUGGUCAGACCGCAGCUUCUGCCCUCUCACUACAUGCAGACGUCCAUUCCUGGGGUACACACUGCGGCCAGUCCUUAUAUGCAGACUCCUUAUGGGAUGCUGCCUGCUGGGGUAGCCGGGGUUGCUGGUCAUGGGGUCGCUACUGGCGUCCCCACAGUUCCUCAGCUCCAGACUGGCAAUCCGGCCACGAUAGCUGCUCAACCUCAGGUAGCCAUUCCUGUCAGCAGCGGCGUUGUCAUGCAGCCCUACAAGAAAAUGAAGACUACGUAAAUCGAUCACCGGUCUAAUGUCGAAGGGGUCGAGGGUGAUGGGUCUCUGGCGUCGCUCCUUUGGGAGCUGGAUCUAGAUCAGUCAUGAUUUCAUCCUGGAUCAGUUGAUCUCUACAUCUGGGUAUCUGCACCCUGAGGAUGUUAACCAGCAUCUUCUGGUCGGAACUCUUGGAUUGAUGGUUCUGUGGUCCUUAACCACCGAGUUGUGUGGUAUUUGGACACCAAUCCUCAUGAUCGAUGUCCUUGGGAACUUUGUACUCGGUUUUUGGACCUUGAAUGUUGUCUAUCUUCCUGUUAGGUUUUGUUCUUAGGCGCGACCCUAGGUCGGUUCUUUUUCUUUUUUUCGUUGGUUGUCAUUGUUAUCGUUUCAGACGUUCUCCUAGUCCGGGAAAUGGGGUCCCUUUUGAAUGUUAGAUUUCUUUUAAGUUACGUUGGUGUUUCGGCGGAAAUGUGAUGUUUCGAGUAGGUCUAUCAUGUUUUUCCGUAAGCGUGGCUGGGAAAAUUCCGGAUCCAAGAAUUCUGAUCAUAAGAUCCUCGUCCUGACAUCCAAUGUCGACGUUGGUUCCUGGCUUCCUCGAGGAAGACGCACCUUGGAGACCCGUUGGAGUCCCAAUGAGAUCCUAUCGACAAUCGGUCCAGCGCUUCGACGCUGACCAAACACAAAAGUUCCGAACAUAGUUUCAUUUUCUAGUCAGUCAUUGUCGGUGAACAGUGCCUUAUUGUCCCGAUCCCCAUCGUAUCGUUUGGAGAGCCUCGCUUCUGCGAGGCCAACCUCGGCAUUUGCUUCUCCUGCUCUUGUUCUUCUUGACGACCUCCCUGAAGAGGAGCCAGCUUCGCGUCGAUCAGCAACAUCGGCGGAACAGUUUCGCUCCCUUAAGGGGAUGUGAAAGUGCCAUCCGAAAGAUCAAUCGUGCGUGAUACUUUUCUCCGUACUGGA